AUGGAGUCUUGCCGAGCUGCGGUGAAGCGGGUCUCGAUGGUAGGGGGAGAUCUGGUCGAGCCCUUCGGCCAUCGGGACAUAGCAAUGAUGUCAUCCUCAGGAGAUGGCCUCACAUAUCCAGAGCCAGCACAAAAGCCAGCACAGAAGCCAGAAUUUACGGACUGUCACACACGUCGCUACUACCACCUCAUCUGGAGACAGAUCAUCUACACUACGCCCGUCUUCGAGCGCAUGGCUGCCUUUUCACACGAUCGCAUGGUUCACGCACUUGCGGCCGUGAUCGAGAGAGCUAUCGACAAUAGCCUUUGCGCGCUGGAUUGGUGGGUCGUUGUGUAUAUCAAACUGCGCGCUGGUAUCGUCGAAUACUGGAACACUCCCGUAACCGAGGAUGUUAAUGGGGACGUGUGGGACAUGCGCGUGGAGCUGGACAAUGAGCUGCGAGACUUCAACUCCGUUCCAGAAACUAUGACACGAUACCUGCCGUGGGUAAUGGUGGAGGUGUGGCAGAUGGCCUCGUACAGCUAA